CAGUCACCUCAGCUCUGCCAGCAUCGCAGGUACCAUGGCGCAGGAGCUGCAGCACCCCGAGUUUGCGCGAGCGGGCCAGCAGGCGGGGCUGCAGGUGUGGAGGGUCGAGAAGCUGGAACUGGUGCCGGUGCCGCAGGGUGCCCAUGGUGACUUCUACGUCGGAGACGCCUACCUGGUGCUGCACACGGCCAAGGCGAGCAGGGGCUUCUCCUACCGCCUGCACUUCUGGCUGGGAAAGGAAUGCUCCCAGGAUGAAAGCACGGCAGCGGCCAUCUUCACGGUCCAGAUGGACGACUAUCUGGGGGGCAAGCCCGUGCAGAGCAGAGAACUUCAAGGCUAUGAGUCUACUGACUUCGUGGGCUACUUCAAAGGGGGUCUGAAGUACAAGGCUGGAGGCGUGGCUUCAGGAUUAAACCACGUUCUCACCAACGACCUGACAGCGGAGAGACUCCUGCAUGUGAAGGGCCGGAGAGUGGUCAGGGCCACGGAGGUUCCUCUCAGCUGGGACAGCUUCAAUAAGGGUGACUGCUUCAUCAUUGACCUUGGCACCGAAAUUUACCAGUGGUGUGGUUCCUCCUGCAACAAAUACGAGCGUCUGAAAGCCAGCCAGGUUGCCAUUGGCAUUCGGGACAAUGAGAGGAAGGGAAGAUCUCAGCUCAUUGUGGUGGAAGAAGGAAGUGAGCCGUCAGAGCUGAUGAAGGUCUUAGGGAAGAAGCCUGAACUCCCAGAUGGGGACAACGAUGACGACGCUGUGGCUGAUUUAAGCAACAGGAAGAUGGCGAAGCUCUAUAUGGUUUCUGAUGCAAGUGGAUCCAUGAAAGUGACCCUGGUGGCUGAAGAAAAUCCCUUCUCCAUGGCAAUGCUCCUUUCUGAAGAAUGCUUCAUCUUAGACCAUGGUACCGCCAAACAAAUUUUUGUGUGGAAAGGUAAAAAUGCUAACCCGCAGGAGAGGAAGACUGCAAUGAAGACAGCCGAGGAGUUUCUACAGAAAAUGAAUUAUUCUACCAAUACUCAAAUUCAGGUUCUUCCUGAAGGUGGAGAAACGCCAAUUUUCAAACAGUUCUUUAAGGACUGGAAAGAUAGGGACCAGAGCGAUGGCUUUGGGAAGGUCUACGUCACAGAGAAAGUGGCUCAUGUACAGCAGAUUCCAUUCGAUGCAUCCAAACUGCACAGUUCCCCGCAGAUGGCAGCCCAGCACAACAUGGUGGAUGACGGCUCUGGCACGGUGGAGAUCUGGCGCGUGGAGAGCAGUGGGAGAGUCCAGAUCGACCCACACUCCCACGGCGAGUUCUUUGGCGGCGAUUGCUACAUUAUCCUGUACACUUACCCCAGAGGCCAGAUCAUCUACACAUGGCAAGGAGCAAAAGCUACACGAGAUGAGCUGACCAUGUCUGCAUUCCUGACUGUGCAGUUGGAUCGGUCCCUGGGAGGACAGGCUGUGCAGGUCCGCGUCUCUCAAGGCAAAGAGCCUGCUCACCUGCUGAGUUUAUUCAAAGACAAACCGCUCAUUAUUUAUAAGAAUGGGACAUCCAAGAAAGAGGGGCAGGCGCCGGCUCCCCCUACUCGGCUCUUUCAAGUCCGGAGGAACCUGGCAUCUAUCACCAGAAUUGUGGAGGUUGACGUUGAUGCAAACUCAUUGAAUUCCAAUGACGUUUUUGUCCUGAAACUGCCACGAAACAAUGGCUUCACCUGGAUCGGAAAAGGGGCUAGUCAGGAGGAGGAGAAAGGAGCGGAGUAUGUGACUGAUGUCCUCAAGUGCAAAACCGCAAGGAUUCAGGAAGGCGAAGAACCAGAGGAGUUCUGGAACGCUCUUGGAGGGAGAGGAGACUACCAGACCUCACCAUUGCUGGAAACCCGGGCUGAAGACCAUCCACCUCGGCUUUACGGCUGCUCCAACAAGACUGGGAGAUUCAUUAUUGAAGAAGUUCCUGGAGAGUUCACGCAGGAUGACUUAGCAGAAGACGACGUCAUGUUGCUCGAUGCGUGGGAACAGAUCUUCAUUUGGAUUGGCAAAGAUGCUAAUGAAGUUGAGAAAAAGGAAUCAAUGAAGUCUGCCAAAACAUACCUUGAGACAGACCCUUCUGGAAGGGAUAAGAGGACACCGAUUGUCAUCAUAAAGCAGGGCCAUGAGCCGCCCACAUUCACGGGCUGGUUCUUGGGCUGGGACUCCACCAGGUGGUAAACCGAGUUUCAGAAAGCCAGCUAAUCUCGCUGCGUGGGGCAGUCGCCCCACUUUGUACUGGGGAUUUGUUUACUUUUUGUUGUUUGGUUUUAGAAGAUAAGCCGCUGCCAAAUGGAUGUUUUUUUAAAUGACUAGUAUGAGCUCCCCCUCCUCCUCCUCUUCUCCUUGUUCAUUGGUCUUCUUUUUCCUCUUCUUCCUCUUCUUUGCUUUCUUUUUUUUUUUUCUUAAAGGAAUUGUUGUGUGUUACUAUAUUGA